AUGCAAUCCAAUAAAGUUGAAAUCACGGACAAAAUCUUAGAUCCGAAGAUGAUUGAAGCUAUGGACAGAAAAGAAUUACAAGCGCAUUGUAAAAAAUUUGGUUAUAAGGCAAAUCUAAAAAAUGAAAAAUUAAAAGAAAUGUUGUUGCAUCGAACAAUGAGACAAAUUGGUAUUGGUAUUGAGGAGGGAGAUUAUAAUGCCUCUGAUAUUCUACAAAGGAGUUUUAAACGGUAUUGUGAACUGCAACAACAACAAAAAAUUGAACUUACCGAGGUUGCUGAAGAAUACCUGACCUUAGGCGAAACGGUUAAAGAAACAGAGCCUGCAGCAAAACUAUUAACAAUAGAUGCUAAAGACUGA